AUGACCAAAAAUAAGAUUACCAAACAGUGCACCGAUUACAGUCGGACAAAGAAGUCAAUUGCACCUCAAUCCUGCCAUUUGACCCUUUUGAAUUGCUGCAAAAAGUAUGGUAUCGCUCCCCGACUCUGCAAUCUAAUGAGGAAGUGCCAUUCGGACACAGUUAAUCAAAUUCUUUACCACGUCUCCAUCCAGAAAUCAGAUAACAGUUACGAGACUGAGAGGCAUAAGCUAUUUAAGUCCAUAGAUCUCAAGUCUAGAUUAUCGAAGGAUGUAGGUAGGGUACCCACUUUGGAUGAUUAUCAAAAACUCCAGAGCUUGAACGAUCCGAAGUCGCAGAGGUUCGGGGAUCUGAUAAAUAAGCGGCAUGACAAUAAAUUGCUUGGCUAUGGUAUAAUAGGACAAGGCAAGACCAAGCCGACCAGGGCAAAUUUUGAUGGUUCUGAUUUGCCGGUGAGUGUUGUGACGAUGUUACCUCGCUCUGAUGAUGUCCGUCAUAUGACGGACGAAAGCUUAGCACCUUUUCACUGGAAUCGAAGAGGAUUGCCUCGGAAACAGCGUCAGCAUGAACGUUCCAGUAAAGGCAAACGACAGUUGGUCAAGAGAAAUCCGCCGUCGUCUUCUGUUGGAACCGACCUUCGAAUUUCUUCACCCAACACUUUCACUCGAAAUGUAAGUAAGCCCAACAAUACAGACUUAGACAAACUCUGUCAAGCCCUA